CCUGAGCUUUGUCUCACAGGCAAGGUUUCCCGCCAGACAUCGUUAACUUACAACACAUCUUACCAUCAAACAGUGAGAUUAACGCUUUACUUUAGCGAAACGUGGCUUCUUUAAGAGCACCGAGAUUUAAGAGUUGUCUUUUGUUCUACUUUUGGCGGGAUUCAGUGAAGAACAUGAAGAGGAGGUGUGCCUUAAAGGAUGCGUUCAGGGUCUCAGUUACUCCCUCUGCGGUUGAACUGAACAAACCGUCUGAGCUGAAAGCGGAAGUUCACGGUUAGAGCCUGAGAGAGAGGGGUCGACGGCAGACCAGGGGAGUCUAAAACCACUAUCUGAUGGUCCAGGAGGAGAUAAACCGGGAUCAGGAGUCAAGAUGAGUGAAAUCCAUUAAACCAUCGACCCGCUGCGACACCAUGACAUCCACUCGCUGCACGUUGUUCCCAGAAGUCUCACAGAACCAGAACCGGUCUGAGACGGUCUCUGAGUCCACAUGUGGGUUUUUUGAUGAGCCUCCUCUGCCAGGGAAAGUCCUGGAGGAGAGCGGCGAGCGGACCUACACACAGCUGAGGACCAAGAUGGAUCCGCAGCUGACGAGACUGGACACCAAACUGUGCUCCAUGUCCGACGCCUCCAUGUGUCGUAUCUGUCACGAGGGCGGGUCUCAGGAGGAGCUGCUGUCCCCCUGCGAGUGCUCGGGCUCUCUGUCCUCCGUCCAUCGCAGCUGUCUGGAGCGCUGGCUGUCUGCCUCCGGGACCAGCUUCUGUGAGCUCUGCCAGCACCAGUUCACGGUGCAGAGGAGAUCCAGGUCUCUGCUGGAGUGGUUACAGAGCCGCUGUCUGCGUCAGGAGAAGAGGACGCUGUUGGGAGACCUGGUGUGUUUCCUCCUCAUCACUCCUCUGGCCUCCGUCUCCGGCUGGCUCUGCCUCCGAGGAGCAAUCGAUCACUUCCACUCCUCCAGCCGGAUGGAGGCCGUGGGGCUCAUCGCCCUCACCGUGGCCCUCUUUACCAUCUACCUCUUCUGGACCCUGGUGUCUCUCAGGUAUCACUGUCGGCUCUAUAAUGAGUGGAGGACGUCCAAUCAGAGAGUGAUCGUUCUGCUGCCCCGCCCACACAGCCAGGUGUCAGCGCUUCACUCCUUACAGUCCUCACAGAGAGGGAAACGGCCGUCCAAAGAGUCCAUCGUCUGAGGACCAGGACCAGGGGACGAAUCCAGGUCCAGGACCAGGACCAGGGGACGAGUCAAGGUCCAGGUUGAGGUCUUAGAGGUGGGGCGGACUCUACUCACAUCCUGAUCUACGUGCACUUUAAAACUCAGACUCACUGACAGUUUCUGAAGGAGCUGCUGUUUGAACGACAGGACAAAUAACACACACACACACAAUCACACACACACACACACACACACACACACACACACACACUGUCAGCUGAUGGAGCGGCCAUGUUGACUCAGGAUGGAGGAGGAGCUGUAGAGAAAACGUUCAGGUUUAACACUGUGAUGAAACACGGAGCGACAGGAGAACUACGCUGUGAUGUUUGACAUCUUUAAACCAUCAUGAAGAAAACUCUACGUUCUUUAUUUUAUUCAGGAAACAGCUUUAAAAAGUUUGUGUUUGUUUCAGUCAGUGUUCCUUUAAACGAGAGCUCCUAUAUUUAUAAACCUGGGUCCUGUUUCUGCAUUUUUUUGAGGAGUUACCCGCAGCCGUUAAAUCAUGUCUCUACAGAAACCAGACUCCUUUCACAAAAACAGAACUUUCCCCUCAGAGUUCAGGAGCUGCUGCCUCGUGUUACGUGUGUUUUGUGUACAAGUGUGUGUGUUCAGAAGUGUUGUGUAGGAUUUGAACAAGCCGUACGGAUCUCUGAAAGUCACAGUACAACAAAAACACACUCUAUGAUCGAUGCUGAAGCAGAGGAGCAACCUGUCCGAUCAGUGAGGUUAAAUUAGUGUUUGUGUGAAUGAGGUUUGGUGGUUUUGCAUUAACACAUAAGGAAGGCUUUUAUUUUGAAAAUCCUCACACAGAUCUCAUUCAGACAUGUCUCUGCUCUCAAACACUAAGAACGUGAGCAUGUUGGAGAGGGGAAUAAGAACUUUUGACAGGAUGCAUUCUGAUUGAACGUCUUUGACUUUUCCUGUAUCUUUAAGUCUUUAUUUUUACACAUUUACUCUAUUUUCAUAUUUAAGGUUCUUUAAGGAACUCCACUUCACAUGAUAUUUGUCCUGUUGUCAGAAAAAUCAAACAGAAGAAGCCGUGGAUGUUUCAGACGAGAUGGUUCUGAGUUAAAUCUCAUCCUUACUGUGACUCCUGGUUCAGGUGUGAGCUCGCUGACAGAUUAACGUCAUAUGUCCACGGACAGUUUUAGCACUUUUGACCCAUUUAUAAUAAAAUAUUUGACAUUUAUACCAAA